AUGGUAGCCAUCAGCCCAACACUCGAUUUGACCAAUGCCAACUGGGACCGUUUCAAGGAUAUUCUCGAUGACUCUCUCUCCAACUAUGACGAACCUGAUAACAUCAGAAAGGAUAAAUCCUAUAUCGAUGAUAAAAUAACUUUUUGGUACAGGAUGAUCAAAGAAGCCAUAGAACUUUGUAUACCCCUCAAAACUUUCAGGAUCUUACCAUAUUCUAAAGAAACAGAGAAUCUUAAGCAAUUACAAUAUUGCUAUAAACAAGCCCUAGUUUUAAUUAAUAAUCAUGGCCCAUCACAGCAGCUAUUAGAAUACUUACAAAAUAUUAAAGAAAGAAUUAAAAUAGAAGCUAAGGAACUCAUAAAUUCGACUUGGGAGACACUUCUAAAUAAAAUCGAAGGAAUCUACAGAGACCCAGGAAAGUUCUGGAAAAUGAUCAGAAGGCUUCUGGGUUCAGAUACGGAGCCUACAGCUUACAUACUCCAUAACAACAGGAAGAUCAUUUCAACCCCGGAUCAGGAACCAAUUUUCAGAGAAUACUGGUCUAAUAUCUUCAAAAUAAACCCAUGGGAGAAUCUAAGGUUUGACUUGCAACAUGAACAACGAGUGAUUGCAGCACUACAUGAACAUGAUGACCAAAUAAUACCAUACGACACGGUAGACCUUGAUAGAUUAGAUGUUGAAGACCAGUUUAUUAAACCAAUUCAACUGCAAGACAUCAUCAAAAUAAUCAAUAAUUUUAAAAACAAAGCACCUGGCCAUUCUAGAGUAAACAAAAUUAUUAUUAAGCAUCUUCCCAACUCCAUGCUGGUCUUCCUAAGAGUCAUUUUCAAUGAAACCAUAAGUAUGGGCUACUGGCCAGACUUUUUCAAGAAAGCACUACUUCCCUUUGUGGGGAAAAAGGGUAAAGAUCUAACUACUGUUUCAAACUAUAGACCAAUUUCCCUUCUAGAAAUACCUGGUAAGAUCCUUGAAAAAAUCAUUCAGAUAAGGUUUAAUGAGUUCCUUGAAGAUAAUCUACUAACCAAUAAUAAUCAAUAUGGGUUUACUCAAGGCAAAGGAACUCAGCUUGCAUUAACUAGACUAUAUGAGUUCAUAGCAGUCAAGAAGAGCUUAGGACACGGCUGCAACCUUAUCUCUAGGGAUGUCAGUCGAGCCUUCGAUAAAGUCUGGCAUGACGGUCUAAAAUACAAACUUUUGGAGGCGCAAUUGCCAGAUUUACCAACCAGACUGCCAUGUAACUUUCUUGACAACCGUGUGGCAAGAAUUAAAAUUAAAGACUUCAUAGGACCAGAGUUCCAGUUACAGUCAGGGGUCCCUCAAGGUAGCAUUCUCAUCCCCAUCACUCUACAACUUUUACAUUAA